UCAAUAGCUUCUCCGUUCUACAGUAUCGCUAAAGGAGCACAGGACCAUCUUACACGUAAUCUUGCCAUUUACUACAUUCAGAAAGGAGUAAGAGUGAAUGGCGUUAGUCCCGGAUUGAUAGCAACAAAUUUCUUUCAAAGACAAGGAAUUCCUGGGGAAGUCAUGAGAAAGAUUGAAGAGGUAACCGCAUCUUCGCCUUCACGUAUUCCAUGCGGACGUGCCGGAACUGCUGAAGAAGUGGCUGAGGCAAUUCUGUUCCUUGCCGACCGGCAAAAAUCGAGUUACAUAGUUGGCCACCAACUGGUAGUUGACGGUGGAUCUUCGCUGCAAAUGCCGGUUGUCGUAGAUGGUUUCAAGAUCUUCGCUGAAAUACUCGGUGGUCUUGCACCGCCCAAAGCUUGA